UUAUUCCACAGUUAAAAGCUAAACUGAUGAGCUCGACGUCUUACGAAUGCCUUUUUUACAAAAAUUAUUACAAUUGCCGGUUGCAAUCAAAGUUCUAAUUUGUUUUCUCAUUUUGGGAGGAAUCACGGGGAUUUGCUUAGGAGUAAUUCUUCCGAGAGCACGAAAUGAAAAUGCAAUUAGAGCAAAUGGAACGUUUACAGUAGAUUACGCUAACAAUCAAUUUUUAAUGGAUGGUGAGCCGUUCAGUUAUGUCAGCGGAGAAUUUCAUUACUUCCGAGCAUUGCCUCAGACAUGGUCGAGAAAGCUGAGAACAUUAAGAGCUGCUGGACUGAAUGUUGUCAGUACUUAUGUGGAAUGGUCGUUACAUAAUCCAAAAGAAAACGUCUACGUAUGGGAUGGAAUGGCAGAUUUAGAAAAUUUCGUUAAAGUUGCAGAAGAGGAAGACCUCUACGUUAUUCUUAGACCAGGACCGUACAUUUGCGCCGAAAGAGAUUUGGGUGGAUUUCCUUAUUGGCUCUUGCAUAAAUAUCCACAAAUUCGUUUACGAACAACUGACCCAGAUUAUCUGACAGAAGUUUCAAAAUGGUAUGCUGAAUUGAUGACGAAAAUGGAGCCACUACUAUACGGAAAUGGCGGUCCAAUAAUAAUGGUUCAAGUGGAAAACGAGUACGGUUCAUACGAUUGUGAUGCCGGCUACAAAAAUUGGAUCAGAGAUGAAACCGAAAAAUAUGUGAACGGGCAAGCGCUUCUAUUCACCACAGAUGGACCAAUUCAAGUAGCAUGUGGAAAGACAGACGGUGUUUUUGCUACCAUAGAUUUUGGAACUGCAAGCCAGUCAGCACAAUUGGACUAUUGGAAUUAUCUAAAGGCAGUACAACCGGACGGUCCAUUAGUUAACUCCGAAUUUUAUCCAGGAUGGUUGACGCACUGGCAAGAGGGAAUGUGGCGUGUCGAAACCGAUCCGCUUGGUCAGACAUUAAGGGACAUGCUGGCUAUGAAUGCUAGUGUUAACUUUUACGUGUUUUUUGGUGGAACAAAUUUUGGAUUCACAGCAGGAGCCAACGAUGGAGGACCGGGUUCAUUCAAUGCUGAUGUGACAUCAUAUGACUAUGAUGCUCCAAUGGAUGAAGCUGGUGAUCCGACACCCAAAUAUUACGCUUUGCGAGAAAUCGUUGGCGAGUUCUUUCCACUAAACGAUAUUCCACUACCCCAAAAGGAACCAAAAAUGUCAUUAGGAGCUGUACAGCUACAUCCGGUUAAUAUUUUAUCAUCAAAUCUGUGCAGACAACAAAUGGGAAGCACACCGGUAUGGAGUACAUCACCAAUGACAUUCGAAGCUUUAAAUCAAUAUUCUGGUUUGGUUUUGUAUGAAGCAAAUCUGCCGGUUUUUGUCCGUGAUCCGAGUAUUUUAAAAAUUGAUGGAAUAAGAGACCGUGCCUACAUAUACGUAGACCAAAUUUUCGUUGGCAUUUUAUCGCGAGAGAAUAAAAUACACGAAAUACCAAUUAACGCAGUUGCCGGAGAUCGAUUACAAAUAUUCGUUGAAAACCAGGGACGCAUAAACUAUAACCGAAUUCAUGACUUCAAAGGCAUUCUAGGUGAUGUAUACAUCGACGACAGACCUGUACACGAUUGGACGAUAACCGGAUUCCCAUUGGAAGAUUAUGCGGCUAUUGAAAAUGUCAUUAAUCUGUCCACGUCAGGAAAUAUGCCUUACAGUUCGUACGUUCGAACUGGCCCAACUAUAUUCAACGGACGAUUCGACAUUAGUGUUUCGCCGAUUUUUGACACAUACUUGGAUGCAACUGGUUGGGGUAAGGGUAUCGCUUUCGUGAAUGGUUUUAACCUUGGUAGAUAUUGGCCUGUUACGGGUCCGCAAAUUACUUUGUAUGUACCGAAGGAGAUAUUGACGGUGGGAACCAAUGAAAUUGUUUUGAUCGAGUUGCAGAAGGCACCGAAUAAUGGGACUGUUAUCUUCACUGACACUGCUAAUUUGGACGGUUAUAACGAGUAUUGAAAACCAAUUUU